CACGCCCCUGCCCACUGCCUGCUUUACAGAGGAUUAUCCGCCACAUUAGUGAAGUGUCACACUUAUGCAGACUUGAGAAAAGGAAGCCACAUUUUGAGACUAUUUUCCGAUUUAAUACCUGCCAAAAAAUGACGUCACAGCCCUCCUUAAUACGCGAUGAUUUUGCAUUGAAAGAAGAUUAUGACAGGCCAGUGGGCACGGCUCGGACUUGAGGCAUGAAGCAAAUCAAAACACGUGUGAAGCCACGCUGGGGAUAAUUACGCGCCGGUGCGCACUACACUUCAGCCUAGCCCCGAACAGGACAACUUCAGGCUUUCACAGCCUGACAGAUAGGCCUUCAGUUUCAUAAAGUAAGCGAAAUAGAAGAGAUCAUGUAAGUUAUUGAUUAGAUAUGUGCGACUAAUAACCGGAAUGGACCAGUGGUAGAGAAACCUUUGCGCGCUCUUGUCCGGAUUAACACAUAUAUGCUGGUGUCAUGUCGGAGGAAAACAAUUCCGCGGAGGUUGACAUUCACCCUGAGAGUGAGGAGUGUCCUGCGGAGGAUUCAUUCGGCUUUGGAGAUGACCUGGAGUUGAAUCAGUUUGAUGGAUUGCCCUUUUCCUCUCGUUAUUACAAACUACUAAAGAAUAGGAAGACUCUGCCAGUGUGGAAGGUCAGGCACGAGUUUGAAGAUGCUCUGGUAAACAACCAGUUGCUUGUUGUCUCUGGGACGGCCAAAACUGGGAGGAGUACACAGAUUCCUCAGUGGUGUGCAGAGUUCUGUCUGUCUGCUCAGUACCAGAACGGCAGGGUGGUGUGCACACAGACCAGCAGGCAGCAGGCUGUAGAUCUGGCGUUACACGUGGCUGAUGAAAUGGACGUCAACAUAGGCCAUGAAGUGGGUUACACCAUCCCUCAAGAGACCUGCUGCUCCUCGGAUACUGUUCUGAGGUACUGCACCGACGACAUGCUCCUGAGAGAGAUGAUGUCGGACCCUUUCUUGGAGCACUACGGAGUCGUCCUCAUCGACCAGGCCCAUGAGAGAACGGUCAGCACAGACAUCCUGCUCGGUCUCCUCAAGGACAUUCUGCUACAGAGGCCUGAGCUCAGAGUGGUGGUCCUCGCCGUCCCCCCGAUGACCGAUGAGUUGCUGAACCACUACGGCAGCAUCCCGCUCAUCAGUGUACAGGUCUCGUCUCCCGCCGAAGUGGUCCACAGCAACAGCAGCAGCAAGGACUACUUCUACUCUGCACUGAGAUUGGUGCUGGAGCUGCACCGAACCAAAGAGGGUGGAGAUGUUGUCGUGUUUUUGGCCUCUGAUGACGAGGUUCAUUGUGCACACGCCAUCCUUCAGCGGGAAGGCACCAGGCUCGGAGCAGAGCUGGGCCAGAUGGUCCCUGUUGUCUUGUGUCCCAUACAGGGACGGUUACUUCCUGACCCGACUGAGCAGCCAGGACUCUCCAGGAGAGUUUUCCUCUCUACUCACCGGGGAGAGGAUAUGUGGCUGGCUACAGAGUCCAUCAACUUUGUCAUCAACACAGGAGUCCAAAAAAAGAUGGUGUACAACCCCAGAAUAAGAGCUCACUCAGAGGUACUGACACCCAUCAGCCAGUGUCAGGCAGAUGUACGGAAGCAGCUCUCUGGACCAACAGGUAAGUGUUUCUGCCUGUAUCCAGAGGACAGUAAGCUUUCUGCAAAGAACCCUCCACAGAUCCUCGAGUCCAACAUCACACCAACAGUCCUUUUCCUAAAACGCAUGGAGAUCGCCGGCCUCGGGCAGUGCGACUUCAUCGACAGACCAGAUCCUGAAGGUCUCAUGCAGGCGUUGGAGGAGCUGGACUACCUCGCAGCUUUAGAUGACGACGGCAACUUGUCUGAAAUGGGCAUCAUAAUGUCUGAAAUCCCUCUGGAGCCCCAGAUGGCCAAAGCUCUGCUAGCAUCCUGCGAGUUUGACUGUGUGAGCGAGAUGCUGACCAUCGCAGCAAUGCUGUCAGCACCAAGCUGCUUCCUGAAGCCGUCUGCUGGCAUGAGCCACGAGGCAGUCCAGUGCCAGAGAAAGUUCCAGCACCCAGAGGGAGAUCACUUCACCCUUGUUAAUAUCUAUAAUGCCUUCAAACAGAGCCAGAGAGAACAAUACUUCAGCGCCAAAAAGUGGUGCCAGGACUACUUCCUGGACCAUUCCGCCCUGAAGACAGCCGAGGCCAUCAGAUCUGAGCUGACCGACACCCUCAACAGGAUCGAGCUUCCCAUCUCCGAGCCAUCCUUCGGCACCAAAACGAACACCCACAACAUCAAAAGAGCUCUGUUGGCUGGAUUCUUCAUGCAGAUCGCACGAGAUGUGGAUGGCUCAGGAAACUACUUCAUUGUGACACACAAGCACAUGGCGACGGUGCAUCCACUCUCCUGCUACGGGGCUCAGUCCCACAAGCUGGGACUGCCAGAGUGGGUUGUUUUCCACGAGUACACGCUGUCGGAGAACAACUGCAUGAGAACAGUCUCUGAAAUUUCCCCUCAAGUGUUCAUUCAAAUGGCACCAGUCUACUUCUUCUACAACCUGCCCCCUAGUGAGAGUAAAGACAUACUGCAGGACAUGUUGGACCUGGACGGCUCUAGUAAAUGUAAAGAUGAGACACAAAAAGCCUCGACGAUGAGCAGUAGUGCCGACGAUAGCUGUGCUGUGGCGACACAGACGUACGACAGAUGUGUGAUUCAAUGAUUUGAAUUUCUAACUGUGAACAUCUGGCCUGUAAUAUCACCAAAUGCUCCCAAGUGUUUGUAGUCCACCUUAUUUUGCUGGUCAUUUUUGGACAAAAGCAGCUGAUUUGAUGACAUGUUGACACUUUCACAUGAUGUUUUUGUAGCAAGUUGCUUGUUGUGUUAAAUCAAUUGAUUUUUUUCAGUUGUGGUCCAAUACAGCAUUCCUAACAUC